CGCUGAAGUCAGCAGCUAUGGCCCAGCUGUAUUCUAUCCUCGUAUUAGCCAUCGCCACCGGGGUGAACGUUGCCCAAGAUUGUGGGAAGACAUCACCAGACGAUGCUACGAUGAAGAAGGCCGGCGAGAUCGCCGCAGAGCUCAUGAAGCAAUGUGUGCAUCUACUGGACAAGUACCCUGUACCCCUCAGCACAAUCGCCGAUGCGAUGAAGGUUCUCUGCACUGACUAUGCAAUGUGCCACGACAAGCACGAGAACUUAGCAGGGGAUCCGACCAAGUACAGGACCUCUCUAGUGGAGUGCGUCCGUCCUUACAUGAUAAAAUAUUACAAAUCUCGCCCCGAGUUCAAACACGACCCGGAACAGGUGGCCACGGAAGUCGGCGAUUGCGUCAUCAACCAUAUACCCUUGUCGAAGGAGAUGGGCAUGGCAACCGGCUAUUGGCUUCUCAAGAUUAUGGGAGCGCACGAAAGCUAGAUACCGGACGGUGACACGCCUCUUUGACGGACACCACACAGCGCUGUUGGAAGUAUGCAAUUCAGAGCCAAGGAAAGUUUUUGUACACACUACAAGGAUUAAACAUUAGACAUGAGCAGCCC